CUCAUUCAGGUGAAGGCAAGCGUUUCUAUAGUUCAUAUCAGCUCUAGAAGCUUUAAAAGUGCUUUAGCUUUCCGGCAUAUACUACAGUGUUCAGACUGCACUAUUUAGCCUUGGAGUUCUAAAUCUAUAGGCUUGGAAUGGAUGAGGCAGGAAAGUACCAGCAAAGACUGCAGACCAUUGCAGAGAAGAGGCGAAUACAGGAAGAGGAAGAAAAAGUAAGGCGGAAGAUGGAAGAAGAGCAGCUAAAGCUCGCUCAACACAAGAGGAAGUCUCAGAGAGAGCAGUGGCUGAUGGAAGUGACCCCUAGCAGUACUGAAGAUCCUAAACGGAAGUCUGGGAUUCCCACUCCUCAGACAAAAGAGCAGAGUGUUGAAGACUCAGAGAUUCUGAUGGAGAAAGAAAUGGAAAUAACUGAGAGCAUGAAGGAAGAAUCUACACAGAUUGGGGAGAAUGAGCCUUCAAGCCAUUCUGCAGAUGACACAGAGCAGCCUGCACAGGCAAACCUGGGAGAGGAGGAGAUAAACGUGCUUGAGGUGUUGGAGACUGAAGUGGAGCAAAGCCUGCUUCCGAAAGCAUCACAGGAGGAUACAGAGGAAGAAAGAAAGGCAGAAACAGAAGAGCUAAAUCUCAAUCAAUUAGAGCAUAUUGAUCAACCCCACCAUGUUUUACUGCAAACACCAGACGAGGUCCAUUUUUCUUUAGCCGAUAGAAACACUGAGCUAUUUAUAGCAGAGGACAAUACUGAAGUAGAGGAAGAAGAAUGGGAGUUGGUGAAUUGUAGUCCAGAAAAAGAGCUGGACCUUGUGCUGACAUCUGACUCAACAGAAGCUCCGACAGACUCUGCUGUUGGUCAUAAAGAUGAUGGCACAGUUCUGAAGGUGGAGCAGGUCUUUAUCUCUGAUAAAGAAGAAGGCAUAGAGAUUGGUGCAUCUGAGGUGCUAAACCUCGUUGUGGCUGAGAAGGUGUCAGUAAGAAGCAGAGAGGAAAGACCUCCUGAGGGUGAAAUACAGACUCAUGCAGGCACAUCUGCACCUUUGCAGGAGCUGAGUAAUGUGUCAGGUAUAAUUUCCAAAGAGCCAGUAUAUUCAGUAGAAUGUGAACUGGAUCUUCCAGCACAUGCAGCACACACUCAGAGAAUUCUUGGAGUUAAUACAGAAUACAAAGGAGACCAAAGUGUAUCUGCAAGCAGAAUUGUAAAUGUGGAAUGUAAGGACGUACCACGACCUGAAAGUGAAGUAAUUCAGUAUGUCUCAUUAGAUAGAAAAAGAGAGAAAUCAUCAUCCUUGUUGAAAAAGGGAAUGGUUGCACAAAGCACUGAGCAAGAAUCAGAAAUACAAGUACUUAUGCCUUCCAGUGUAACCCCAAAUAGAGCAGAAACAGUCACCUCCCCAAAAAAGGAAACUUGCCAAUGUUGCUCUGUCAUGUAAGCAAGCAUUUAAACAGACAGCUCAGGUUUAUUCUUUCGUUCUUUCUUUUGAUAGACAUUCUGUCUUAGAUCCUCUUGUUCAUGCUGUAUAUAUUAUAUAAGUAUAGUUUUCUUCCAUUUGCAUCUAUAGGAUUAAAGGUUUGAGAGGAAAACUAGCCAAGAUAUGUGUGCCAAAUGUCGCCUUAACACAGAGGUCCCCAACCACCAGGUUCUCACCAGGAAAUCUGCUGAAAAAUUGCUACCGGGUCACAAGAAACUUCUGGGAAAAAAUGUCUAGAUAUGGCAGUUAUUUAUUGUGCAUUAUGCAUUUUAAGAUCCACAAUCCAAAUUUACAUACAGCACGAUCUGAUAUAUAUCUUACUCACGCCCCACCAGCCAAUCUGCAAAAAUAUUAUCAAAACUGAACUGGGUGAUGAUUCAAACCUUCUGCUUUAGUAGUUAUCGUUGGUGCCCCCUGCUGGACAGACUUUUGUAUUGAAAAAUGUUUUAUGAAGGAGAAAGACAGGUUUAUUCUGCCUCAUGCUCGUCGUUCCUGUAAUCGACUGCAUAUCCAACGUCACCCUGCCAGUUACUGAAGAUGAAUGUAUGACAUUAAUUUGUUUUGUGUCAUAUCCUGUCAUUUUAAUUUUUAAAGCUGUGUUAUAAAAAAAAUUCUAAUCUGUUAGGAUAAAGUGGAGUAUGACAAACCACAUCUACGCCUAGUUUUAAAAACGUGUGUUAUGUAUUAGUAUUAUACAUAUAUAACAUUAUGAACUGUGAUGUGAGCUAGAAAUAGAGAAUAUGUGAAACGUUGCCUUGAUUAUAUUUUUUCACAAACGUCAAACUUUAAAAAUGAAUCAUUAUAGUGUUUAUUGUAGUUAAUUAUGUCAGAUUCUUAUAGUGUUCAAUUGUAAAUCACCUGGGUUGUUUUUUAGCUGUUUAAAAUUGUCUGUACUUGCUAAACUCUUUUCACCAAAGGAAAUAAAAUAGUUUGGUUUAUUUAUUAAAAAUCCAUUCAAGACA